CGGCGUAGGUCGCGGAGACCAACCCACCCAUCCCUCGCGCCGGAAGAGAGGUACAUGGCCUGGUGCGCCGCGCGCAGCCGCCUCCUCCCCCUCGCCACCGCGCCGCAGCUGCUCCGCCGCCUCCUCCUCUCCUCCGCUGCGGCCCCGCGCUACGCGCACCCCCACCACCACCACAGCAACAGCCGCCGCCGCCGCCGCCCCCUCGCCCCCACCGUCUACGCCGCUGCCGCGGCAGCCGCAGCCGAGGCGCCGCUCCCCAUGCCGCCGCGCAUCGGCCGCGCCACGCGGCACCCCGGGGGCGCCGCCUCCGUGGCGCGCGUCUACGCCGACGCCAACUCCCAGCGGCCCAAGGAGUACUGGGACUACGAGUCGCUCGACAUCGAAUGGGGGGAGCAGGAUGGGUACGAGGUGCUGCGCAAGCUUGGGAGGGGGAAGUACAGCGAGGUGUUCGAGGGAUUCCGGCCCGGGGGUGACGAGAGGUGCGUUAUUAAGAUCCUCAAGCCCGUCAAGAAGAAAAAGAUAAAGAGGGAAAUAAAGAUACUUCAAAACUUAUAUGGCGGACCGAAUAUUGUAAAGCUACUUGAUGUUGUCAGGGAUGAUGAAUCGAAGACACCUAGUUUGAUCUUUGAAUAUGUCAACAAUACUGAUUUCAAAGUACUCUACCCAACACUAUUGGAUUACGAUAUCAGAUACUACAUUUACGAAUUAUUAAAGGCACUAGAUUAUUGUCAUUCACGAGGCAUCAUGCAUCGAGAUGUCAAACCUCACAAUAUCAUGAUUGAUCAUGAGAAACGCCAGCUUUGUCUUAUUGAUUGGGGUCUAGCAGAGUUCUAUCAUCCCAAGAUGGAAUAUAAUGCUAGAGUUGCUUCAAGAUCUUAUAAGGGCCCUGAACUUCUUGUGGAUUUGCUAGAUUAUGAUUACUCGUUGGAUUUGUGGAGCCUUGGUUGCAUGUUUGCCGCAAUGAUAUUCCGAGUCGACCCUUUCUUUAAUGGUCAGGAUAACUACGACCAAUUAGUCAAAAUUACCGAGGUUCUUGGAACAGAAGAUUUCUACAAUUACCUUGAAAAGUAUGGUCUUGAGCUUGACCCGCAGCUUGAAAGACUUGUUGGAAGACAUAAUAGGAAGCCAUGGUCAAUGUUUGUUAACUCGGGGAACAGACACCUAGCAAGCCCUGAGGCUAUUGAUUUUGUAGACAGGUUGCUUCGCUACGAUCACCAGGAAAGGCCUACAGCAAAGGAAGCCAUGGCUCAUCCAUAUUUCAAUCCAGUGAGAAGCACUUAAAACGGCAGGAAGAGUGCCCAAUAGUGGUAUGCGGCAUAUUUGACAAUUUUUGCUACGGUGUCAAAUAUAUAGAGGGAAUUUAAUUUUCAAGGCUGUAUGGUUUAUCCAGAAUAAAUCCUUGACCAACAUGUAACCGUCACAUCAUUUGUGUGAAUUAAUUCAUUCCUCUCUGCUAACUUGUUUUAUGAUCAGUUUUUAUCAAUAAUAAUUCAUCUCUGCACUUU